AUGCAUAAAAGAAUUUUAAAAGUGGUUAUCGGCUUAUAUGCGACGGAAGCUUUGGACACAACUUUAACUACUCAACAUCAAAUAGAGAUUCGUCGUUAUCUCUAUAACCAUCAGAACAAGGAUGGAGGAUGGGGACUAGACAUAGAAGGGAGCAGCACCAUGUUUUGUACGGCUCUCUCAUAUGUAGCACUGAGAUUGAUGGGUGAAGAAAUGGACGGUGGAGAUGGAGCCAUGGAAACAGCUAGAGGUUGGAUUCACCACCGCGGUGGCGCCACUUUUGUGUCUUCUUUGGGCAAGCUCUGGCUCUCAGUUCUUGGUGUUUAUGAAUGGAGUGGGAACAAUCCUUUACCUCCAGAGCUAUGGCUUCUUCCUUAUUCUCUUCCAUUUCAUCCAGGCCGAAUGUGGUGCCAUUGCAGGAUGAUUAUUCUUCCAAUGUCAUAUCUAUACGGGAAAAGGUUUGUUUGUCGCAUCAAUGAAACUAUCGUGUCCCUUCGACGAGAGCUCUACACUGUUCCUUAUCACCAUAUCGAUUGGGAAACCGCUCGUAAUCAAUGCGCCAAGGAGGACUUGUACUAUCCGCAUCCAAAGAUUCUAGACUUUCUGUGGAGUUGUUUGAAGAAAUUGGAAGAGACUCUUAUUGGGAGAUGGCCAUUUUCUAAGUUGAGAGACAGGGCUCUUCAGACAGUGAUGCAGCACAUUCACUAUGAAGACCAAAGCAGCCAUUAUAUUUGUAUCGGUCCUGUCAACAAGAGCAUGAUUAUCAAUAGGUAA